AUGACUGGUCAGGAUGGCUUUUCGUCAUCUUUUGUGGAGACCGUAGCGGGAUUAACGGCAGGGAUCGUGUCAACUCUCUCCCUGCACCCGCUGGACCUGCUGAAGACUCGGCUACAAGUUGAUCGAGGGUCAUCCCAGCUCGGUGGUUCGAUUCGUAUCAUCCGCGAGAUCUCCCAACAUGAGGGCGGUCUCGCCGCCUUUUAUCGAGGCCUGACUCCAAAUAUUAUUGGGAAUUCGACCAGCUGGGGUCUCUAUUUCUUGGGAUACAGUAGCCUGAAGGAUGCGAUUCGAAUGCAUCGCCGGCAACAGGGGCAGAUGCUCACGUCGUCCGACUACUUCCUCGCCUCGGGGAUUGCAGUGAGAUGGGUUGUCACAGGAAUUUUUACAGCUAUCCUCACGAACCCCAUUUGGGUGAUCAAGACUCGCAUGCUCUCGACCGGCUCUCGCAGCCCAGGAGCGUAUUCUUCGUUUACUUCCGGAGCAAGGCAAAUCUACGUGGCGGAAGGGCUUUCUGGUUUCUACCGAGGCCUCCUACCUGCGCUUUUUGGUGUCAGCCAUGGUGCCCUUCAAUUUAUGGCAUAUGAGCAGAUGAAGGCCUUUCGAUCACGAUCGACGAAAUCCGAUGGUGGAGGUACCAAUAUCAGCACGGAACGCAUGCUAGGAAACUCUGACUUCCUUGCACUCUCCAGUUUGUCCAAGAUUUUUGCAGGUUGUGCCACGUACCCUUAUCAGGUGAUUAGGUCGCGUUUGCAGACUUAUGAGGCCCAUCGGAUAUAUCGCGGUGCUUUCGAUGCCAUCAGUCAGAUCUGGUCUCGAGAAGGCCUUGCAGGUUUCUACAAGGGACUGGGUCCGAAUCUGUUAAGGGUGCUCCCAGGUACCUGGGUGACUUUUCUAGUAUAUGAGAACAUGAGGAUCUACUUACCUAGGUUAGUGGCAGGGGCGUAG